GCCCGAGUCCGGUGGCUGGGGUGGUCGCUGGGGAGAGAGGCUGGAAAUAGCUUUAAAGCGGGGCUGAAGAUUGAUCCUGGGGCGGAGUCUCGGGACGGGGGCACGUGAUGGGAGCUUUGGGGUUAAGUCUUGGUGCUUGGGUUUGAGGCCUCGUAGUUAAGCGAGGUGGGAUGGAAGGGACACGCAGAAAUGGCGAGCUCAGGCCUAGUCCCUUGAGAUGCGACGCAAGGAUUUUGUAAUUAUCUUUAACCGGCCCUCUUCGCCUUCUCGCAAGGGGUCUAGAGUCCGUGUUCUCUGAAAUGUUUGGAAAGAAAGAAGGACCAAGGCUCUUCUGACAACUUAGCUCUGGGAGGCAUUUAGGCUGCUACCAUGAGGUCAAAUGAGAACACCUUGCUGCUGGGGAAGAAGGUGGUGCUGGUACCCUACACUGCAGAGCACGUGCCUAGGUACCACGAGUGGAUGAAAUCCGAGGAGCUGCAGCGUUUGACCGCCUCCGAGCCACUGACGCUGGAGCAGGAGUAUUCAAUGCAGCGGAGCUGGCGGGAGGAUGCGGCCAAGUGUACGUUCAUUGUGCUGGAUGCAGAGAAGUGGCAGGCCCAGCUGAGCACCACUGAAGAGAGCUGCAUGGCGGGAGAUGUAAACCUCUUUCUCACAGAUCUAGGGGACCCUUCCUUGGGGGAGAUUGAGGUCAUGAUUGCAGAGCCCAGCUGCAGGGGCAAAGGCUUUGGCACCGAGGCUGUUCUCAUGAUGAUGUCAUAUGGAGUGACCAAACUAGGUCUGACCAAGUUUGAGGCUAAAAUUGGGCAAGGAAAUGAACCGAGUAUCCGGAUGUUCCGGAAGCUUCACUUUGAGCAGGUGGCCGUGAGCAGCGUCUUCCAAGAGGUGACGUUCAGGCUGACAGUGAACGAGCAUGAGCGGCAGUGGCUUCUGGAGCAGACCAGCCAUGUGGAAGAGAAGUGCUAUAGAGAUGGGUCGUUGGAGUCCCACUGACAGCUGGCCUUGUUGGCAGCCACCCUGUGUGAAUGGGGGUUUGGGACCAUGCAGUCCAAAAGCCCAGAGCCCUGUAACAGAAGGUGAACUGUCAGGGCCUUUGGGGCAUAGUGCCCCUGGCCCCUCUGUAGCCUGGGAAUCUCCUUGUGGGGCCCUUCAGACUCUGGGCCGGACUUGCCUUGGCCUCCCUCAGGCUGGCCAUGUGAUGAGUGACUUCAGGGCUAGCCCAUCCUCCUGGCCAGCCCUGGACUCCCGGAACCUGGAGUGGACAGCGUGAACCCCCAGGAGGCAGGGUGGAGGUGGGAGCAGAGGCGAAUGGGGGCCUGGUGAAUGGAAGGCCAGAGGUGCCACCCUGGGGUGGAGGCCCUGGCUAGGAGUAAAGCCUACUGCACAGCACCUUUCUUGGCUUUUCCUUGGGCCUAUGUGCAGGUGAGCCACCAGAAGGCCCAGCUUGCAGCAUCCAGUCCAGCGUGGUAGGAUCGGGGCAGGAGGAGCUCAGUCUGCUUUUGUCCUGUAGAAGCAGGCUGAGUGUGACAAGAAGUUUGGAAGUGAAUGAGCUAGGCCCUGAACAACAGGUGGCUUGGAAACUAAGUGGGCGAGUAUCCUUGUCCUUGCUGCUUCCUCCUCUUUGGAUCCAAGAGUGUUUUGGAUGCAGCUCCUUGUGGAGCACCCCUCUAUUGGUGAGGCCUGGAGCCGCUGCUUAGUUGUAAGGGCUGCAGGAAGAAGCGGAAGCCACUCAGCAGUACCUUCCUGAAGGGGACCUGUGACCUCCCAACUCUCUCUGCCUCGCUUCUCAGCCUCUGGGAGCCGCUGUGCCUGACAGCCACAAGGGGGCGCCGGAAGCACAGGUUUGGGAAGGCGGGGCUGCCGGGCAACAGGACACAGGACACCCCAUGAUUCCCAACUGUCCCAUCGUAAUCUUCGCGGCCAUUGAGAGGCCAGAUAUAUUUCAAAAUGUGGUCAUGGAAGAGACCCUCGAGGGUACUUGGUAUUCUCAAAGGGGGGAAACCUUCAGGUGAGUUGCAGUGCUUUGCUCAAGGUAGCGGAGCCGGAACUAUUGCUGGGGUCCUCAGUUCCCCCCCACCCCAUCUGGUGUAUUCCAACAUUUCUACGCAGGAGAAAAACUAGAUCUGACUUUG